CUUUCUUUCUCACUUCCUUCUGUCUCUCCUCUCAGUAUCAUUCACCAGUCACCACAUAUGUAUUCUUCACUUAUUUAGAUUUCUUGGGCUUUCUUUCCUAGUUACAACAGUAGUUGUCUGAUAUUUGAUUAAUUAUCAAUAACAUUAUAUGUUUUUCAUGUUGUAAAGUCAUUCUUUUUAGUUUCUCAUCUAUGGACUGCGCAGGAGUGCAAAUUUAUUUUGUUUUUAUUAAGGUUUGGUUUUUCAGGUUUUAUUGGGUUACUAGAAAUUUUACUCCUAAGUUACAUAAUGAUAAUAGUAAGAUAAAUUAGAUGACAUUUUAUUUACUGGUUUAGUAGUCUCAGAUUUUAAUUCUUUGGGAUCUGACAUUCAAAUCAUAUUUUUACCCAAUUUUGCUAUAGAUUAUGAACCAUAGGGCUUUGUCUUUUCUUGCUGUGUGUUAGAUUAGAUGUAUUCAUUUUGUCCAUGCUCAUAUCUUUACAAUGCUUUCAAUGUUAAUCAAAAUCAGUCCUCACCCUGGUAGGCUUUUGAAAGGAAGGCAAGCAUAUAGUGAGUCAUUUGGAAUCAUGAAGUUGAAUGACAUGGGUUUCUAGAUUAGGCUAUGGAUGUGCCGGACUAUCAUACAACUCUACUCACUCUAAUGAAGUUGGUUGUUCAGUUCUUAAGGAAGCAUUCAAUAGGGGUAUCACCUUCUUUGACACAUCAGAUCUCUAUGGAAAUAAUCAUGAUAAUGAAAUCAUGAUUGGCAAGGCUUUAAAACAGCUUCCUAGGGAAAAAGUUCAAGUGGCUACAAAAUUUGGCAUUAUCAGAUUAGAGGAUGGUAAAUACGGGGUAAAGGGAACCCCUGAUUAUGUAAGGGAAUGCUGUGAAGCUAGUCUUAAGAGGCUUGACAUCAACUACAUUGAUCUUUACUAUCAGCACCGUGUUGACCUCUCAGUGCCCAUUGAGGAUACUAUUGGGGAGCUCAAGAAGCUAGUGGAAGAAGGAAAGAUAAAAUACAUUGGCUUAUCAGAGGCCAGUGUAGACACAAUAAGGAGAGCCCAUGCAAUUCAUCCCAUCACUGCCUUACAAAUGGAAUAUUCUUUGUGGACCCGUGAAAUUGAAGAUGAGAUAAUUCCACUUUGCCGGGAGCUUGGUAUUGGUUUAGUGGCAUAUAGCCCCCUUGGUCGAGGGUUCUUUGGUGGGAAGGCAGUUGUUGAGAGCUUGCCUACCGGUAGUAGGUUGGCUAUGCACCCAAGGUUCUCAGGGGAGAAUUUAGAAAAGAACAAACUUCUAUAUGCCCGAUUUGCCACCUUGGCUGCAAAGCAUGCCUGCUCUCCCCCUCAGCUAGCUCUGGCUUGGCUUCUCCAUCAGGGAGAUGAUAUAAUCCCAAUCCCUGGGACAACCAACAUAAAAAAUCUUGAUAACAACAUUGGAUCCUUGGCAGUGAAGCUUACACAAGAGGAUUUUAAAGAAAUUUGUGAUGCUAUGCCCAUCAGUGAAGUGGCUGGUGAAAGAAAUACAGCUGCAAUAUCUAAAUAUGCCUGGGAGGUUGCAAAUACCCCGUCAAAGUAAUUGCAAGUUAUAGAUUUAGAAACUAAAGUGCAACCUUUGAAGUGAAACAUUUCUUCUCUCCUGUUGCAUUGUAGGAAAAAUAAGUGAGAAAAGAGUAUAACUAUAUCUUGCUAAUGAAUGGGUAGGAGAAAGAAAUCUCCUUAUAAAGGAAUUGCACAUGCAUGAUGAAUAAGUUAUUAUGCUAGCAUUUAGUGUGAGAUUCAUAGUUAAUACCUGUGGCAACAUCAUUUUUUCUAUUUUUUUCCAUAUGAAAUAGUUGUUAUUAAUAGUUGCAUGCUUCAUUAUCAUUAUCCCCUCUGGAUGGUGGGAACUGCCACAUCUUUCUCUUUUUUUUCUAAUUUGUGAUAGUUGUUUUAUACUUUUAUGAUUCCAUGCUUUUUGCUCCAUCUCUGUCGUCUUUAGAAUUCUUCAGUUUUGCAAUGCAUAGAGGAGUGUUGUCCAACCUUUGAUUGAGAUGCUGCAAUCUCUCAAUGUAUGGCUCGAGGGCUUCUGCAUAGAGAACUUGGCAAUGUUUUGAUUUUUCUAUGUCUAAACUCUGCUGUAAAUGAUCACUUUUUCUUAGAAAAGAUUUUUUGGAUUUAAUGUGCAUUUACAUGAUCAUAUGUUGUGAAUUAUGAUAUUAUGGUGGGAAUAUUUAAUUUACAAGUUGCAUGUUCGAGCA